GCUCCUUGGUCUUGGCGUCGACAACAUAGUCUGUGUUGUCUGUCUUUUGGCGGCCAUUUUAUCUACUAUUUAUUUUUGAAAAUGUUGACGAAGAUGGGCGUGUAGCUUUGUGAAAUAAACCAUCGGAUCACAUAUUUUAUUCGUAUUUUACUCCGCAUGCCAUCUAAAUCAAUAUGAAGUAAAGAUUGUGAACGUGGAGUGUUAAUUAUUAACAAUGAGUGAGGAUAUUUCGGAAGGUCUUUAUAAUAUCGCGGCGAACUAUAGUGAUGCUGAUGAUGUUAUUGUUAUACCAAAUAAAGUGGAUACAGUGGUGAUAGAUGAUGAUAGUGUAAGGAGGGAAGACCCUGGAAGCGCCAGCGGGGUCGACAAUGCAAGAGGCUUCUAUCCCAGCAACCGCGACAGGCAACCUGUGAACUGGAUGAGCAUGCCACCACCAAACCGGGGCUUCCGGGGCCGAGGGUACGGGCAGCCGGGACAGCGGGGGCGGGGGCAUUACCGGGGGCGCGGGGGCCAGCGCUACGGUGGGCCAGGCUACGACAACCCUCUUUCCAACUGGGUACCACCACCCAUGCACUUGCCACCACCACGGCUUGUGCCGCCUCACCAGCUAACGAUGGCAGGGCCGCCCCCAAUGUCUUGCCCGCCUCCCAUGCAGCCCCAAAUGUCGUUGGUGCCGUACGGGCCCGUGCCAACCAUGGCGCCCCCAACGAUGGCGCCCCCGCAGAUGGCGCCAGCCCCGUUUGGACAGCCACCCCCAUAUAACGCUAGCGUUUUUACUCAGAAUAUGCCACCGCCUGAGAUCUGGGUGGAGACGAAGACGGCGGAGGGUGCGUCAUACUACUACCACGCGAGGACCCGCCAGACCACGUGGGACCGGCCUCCGGAGUCAGCCGUGUGUCGCAUAUUUACGUAUGAGCAGUGCGAAAGCAUGGCUGAGAAUGGCGACCUCCCGGACGUGCUCAAAGACCUGAUACUCCAGACUCCGGCUAUGAACAGAGUAUCAGACAGCGGCGACGCGGCCCCGGCACCCGUCCCCGCCAUGUUCAGCGUACCGCCCCCCACGUGGCCCAUGCAGGCCAUGCAGCCCACGCAACCCAUGCAGGCGCAGUUGAGGGUAACGAACGAGGAGCAACAGAUAUCGAAUAUGUUCAACGCGCCAGAAAUCCCAGCUCAGUUCACGCAACCACCCCCUUGGAACCGCCUGAAUGGUCUAUCUCUAGAUGGAGGCUACCAGUCUGACCGCGUGAGCCCGCGCUCCUCGGAGGAGAUGUCCGCAGUCCCGGGACCCACCUUCGCGCAGCCGCCUAACGGUGUGUCAGCGCGCGGCGGCGGCGGCGCGUGGGACGCGUGGGGCUCGUGGGCCACGCCCUCCAGCGCAGACACGCCGCAGAAACACGCACAACACGAUGUCGCACAGCUCCCGCAACUGCACAACACGCCCACCCACACGAGUCCGCCUCAGACCCGGGUGUACCCUGACCGGGGUAGCCACCCGGACCGGGUCACCAGCCAACCUGACCGGACCACCCAACCGGCCGCGUCCCCGCCGGCGAGUCAACCGGACGUGGAGAGGCCCAAGUUCAUACCUAUCCGGAUGCCCCCGCCGAGGCGGAAGAGAACGACGAUAUCAGAAGAGCUAAAACAAGAGGCAGCACAAUGGACGCGUCACACCUCGCCUGCAGGCCGCUCCUACUACUACAACGAGGCGGAGAAGACCAGCGUGUGGCUCAAACCAGACGUGCUGAGGAAAUUUGACGAAUUAACAAAGAAAAUGAAAAUAGAAGCCGAAGAGGAGGAGAGAUUUAGAGAAAUUAUUAUAGAAAGUAAGAUUAUACCAACAGUUAUAGAUCUAGACGCAGAAGAAACGACACCAACAGAACCACAAGUUCCACCAGUAGAAUCACAGAAACCAGAAGAGAAAAUAGAAGAAAACGAUCAAGUACAUGUAGAUAUAGCACCAGAAGAGAUGGCAGCAGAGGUUGAAGUCGAAACUACGGAGGAGAACGAAAGACUGCAACCAGAUACUGAACAAGACAGCGAGACCAUAGAACAGGUUCAAGUGUCUCAGGAACCGGAAGCAACACCCAUACAGACAGAACAAGAGAAACCCGCGCCAGCCCCGUCUAUAGAAGAGAGUACAGAGAAAGAAGAAUCAGACAAGGACAGAGAGAAAGAGAGAGAGAAGGAAGAUGACGAGAAAAAGAAGAAAUGCAACCUGCCGAUGUGGAUCACGCACGUCGCCGGCACGCCCUGGUCAGCAAAACACAAGCUGUGCGACCCUUCGCAGCGACGGACGACUCAGAAGCGACAAGUCUACUACAAGACACGGGACUACUUCGGACGGCACGUGGUAUGGACAGCAGAAGGCACGAUGUUCUUCUUCAACCCGACUCGGACUCCAAGCUCGGUGUGGGCGCGCCCGGCGGAGCUGCAGGCCAGGGAUGAUGUGGAAGCCAUAAUUAAUUUCCCUCCCGACGCCAUCGUCAAGGCUAGAACAAAGCACGCGCUAGCCAAGGCGUCUACAAAUAACUCUUCCAACGGAGACCUGAAGAGAUCUGCCAGAUCAGAUAGUGACAGUUCUGACAACGAAGAACUUAGCAAAAAGGUCAAAGUCAUUGAAGAGAAGAAACAAGUAAAAAAACAAGACCCCGCCCCGACCACAACACCCAUCACAGUCACCCCCUCAGAAGAAAACUCCGCGAACAUGAAGAAAGAAUUCUCAAUAUACGGCGACAUACCACCAGCGCAACGAGUUUCGGUCUUCCGACAGAUGCUGGCGGACUGCCAGGUGUCUGCGUUCACCAGCUAUGAGAAGGAGCUUCCGAAGAUUGUGAAUGAUAAGAGGCAUCUGUUGCUGAGUGGCGAGCAGAGGCGGCGGGAAUUCGACAAGUACGUGAAGGAGAAACUGCAGUCGGAACUGCAGGAGCCGGGCGCGGCCGCGCUGCUGCAGAAGAAGAACGACUUCGUGCAGCUCAUGGACGCCGCCAUGCUGCACUCCAAAUCAUCAUUCCUAGAGUUCUCAGCCACCCACGGCUCGGACCCUCGCUUCCUAGCCGUGGACCGACCGCGCAGUCGAGAGAUGUACUUCACUGAGUACCUGAUACAGCUGAAGAGGAAGGAGAGAGAGGAACGGGAGAGCAGGAGGGACCAGGCGAAAUUCGAGUUUAACUCGUUACUUCGGGAACACGGAGUGGACCGUCACUCCCGCUGGCUGGAUGUGAAGAGGAGGAUUGAGGAUGACCCUCGGUAUAGGGCCGUGGAGUCCAGUGCUGUCAGAGAAGACUAUUUCAAGGAUUUCACGAGGUCCCUGAAAGUGAAGGACGAUAGGCGGAAAGAGAAAGAUAAAGAGAAGAAUGGCAAAAAGGAGAAAGAGAAGAAAGAUAAGAAAAUCAAGAAAGUAAAUGAGAAGAGUGGGACGGAAGAGAAGCAGCCUACACCGCCGCCGGAGCAGUGGGCCGACAUUAUCGGUAUACCAGAGAACCGACGCAGACAAGCCCAAGCGAAGAAACCUACUGAACUGCAACGACGUCUCAUUGAAGAUAAAAAUCUCCCACUUAUCAAAAGAAGAGUAUCAUUCUCUAUACCUCAAGAGGAGCCACAACCGGAGAUUUUAUCGCCUAAAAGGUUGAGGUCGUCACGGUUCCCAUCGCCAGCGGUGCAAGUCAAGCCGAGAGUGACAAAGACAGCGAUAAAGAUAAUGGACAGGAGAAAGAACAGGACAAACGGGGAGCUGAGCCCGUCCGUCCGGGCUGCGACCCGGAAAAAGAAGACGGAGAAAGAAUAGUGUUUGUACAACGUGUUUUUCAGACGCUGACCAGGGUAAAGUCCUUGACAGCCUGUAGGUUGAGGUGGUUUUGCGCAAGCGGGGUCGAUUUGAGAGUCAUAUGCAUACGUAAUG